AUGGCUUCGAAAGACGGGAUAGUCCGCCUACCGGCCACCGCCAAGUCGGGCUCCUACCGAUCUGCCCAUUCGGUUCUGCCGACCCCAAGUCCGGAGCGGGAGAUUGCACAGCAGCACUCCCACACUAAUGGCUACGCCAGGCCACCAUCUCCGGAACCCGAGCCAAGCCCGCAGAAACCGCAGGCCGACUUCGCCUUCCGCGAGGAUGACCUCUAUGUGACUGGGGAGAAGCUGCAGCGGGAGAUCCCAGCCGGAAAAGCCGCGCUGGCCCGGGCGAUGUUCGACUCGACAGACCAAACCUCACCCCCAUCACCACUCAAUGAAGCCCAGAGGAAAUAUAGCUUGAACAGCUACCUCAGACCUGAUACAAGACCCGCUGGCGCGCCACCGGAUGCCAGCUUUGAUGAGGCGGCGCUGAAGGUAACCUCCGACACGCUGAAACGUGAAAUCCCGGCCGGGACAGCGGCGAGUAAAAUUUCGCGAUUUGCCAAUGGAGAAAUCGGGCAGACGAACAGUUUGCCGAGGAUACGCUUCAAACCUGGUCAACUUCGUACUCCGUUCCAUGAGAGCGACACGAAUCUGGCAAAGGAGGAACCGAGCUCGGGAUACGAAACCGCUGCGGAACCGCAACGCGCCGACGUUCGCCCCCCACCACCGCAGAGGAGCGCCUCGGUGGCCCAGUUCCAAUUUUCCAGGGAGGACCCGACCAAGCAAACUGUCGAAAUCCGGACCCCUGUCCCUACCUCUUCCGGUCCAUCCCGGAAACCGUAUGAGCCGGUGUACGCGGAUGCGUACGACCGGGCGGCCGCCCCGUGGAAGGCGCCGACAAGGGCCGCCCUGGUGACCCCACAAAUGGCUUUGGGAACGACUACGCAGCGCUCCGCCCCAAGACAACAGCCGCCACAACAUCAGCAACAAGUACAGCAGCAGCAGCAGCAUACGGACCUGUGCCACAUGAGCCCCGGGGCGAUGCGCGAGCAGUUCCGGUUCAACAUCGACCUCUCCAACGACGGCACCCCGAUCACCAUCUCCAGGCGC